CAACUUUUCAUUCCCUGGUGUGCACACAUUGGAAAUGAUCUCAGCUGGAUCAGCUGUUCGAACAAAACAAAAAUAUCUUUUAGUUUAAAAAUCCGGCAUUUCAUAUUAUUUAGUAAAUUUUAAGGAAAUUAAAUAUAAAUAAAGGCCAAAAACAUAUACAAACACAGCUUUAAAGGCAGAAUCAGGAUUACCCCCUUGCGGAUCCUUUAUAGGAUCCUUUGGACUCAAUCCAAGGAAACCGAGAUUAAGGAAUCGAUUCUUUAAGUAUAUAUUAAUUAUAUAGCUUAACGAAAUGCAAAUUGUGCGACAAAGUUUUUACAAAUAAAUGGAAAUUUGUUUGAAGGGAUCUCGUUCCUCCAACGCCUGGCGACCUGACUUUUGAGCCGGCGACGACUUCCUGGCUGCUGCAUCUUAUCGCCGGUCAAUAAAUGUACAUAAAUGCGCCCACGACAGGACAAAUAGCAAAGAGCAAGGACUCGCAGCCACAGAAACAAUAACAAUAGUCAAGCCGCAGGACUCGACCACAACAAGCCACAAUCGGCAAUCAUCAACACUGGCGCGCCGCAGACCGAGAAGGGGUCAGAGGUCAGAGAGAGGCGCUUUCUCGAUUUCUGAGGGCGCCAGUUGCAUUUUGACAACGGCAACGAACCAAAAACACCCGCGCACAAGCCAUGACAGCUGUACGAGAGACCCACUCCCCGGGAGCCCGAAUCGGCAUCGGAAUCGGAAUCGGGCAAAAACUAAAGCUAAAGCCCCAGUUACAGCCACAUCGGACGGCCAAGAAUCUGCACGCCCUGCUGGAUCUGCCCGCGGCGAUGGAACUGCGCCAAAUUGAGUUGAUCUAUCGGGCGGAGGGUAAUGCAAAUUUGGUGCUCGCCUUGCCGCAAUUUAAAAAAGUUUUACGUUUGCCAAAAAUGAUAUCCAGCAGACUGCGGCAGGCGAAGCAGCAUGAGCCGGAGGAUGAGGCUGCCCAGCCGGAAGGGCAACGCGAAUCAUCCGCCGAUGCCGGGACUGAAAAAGCUGGCGACUUGACAAUGCCGGAUUUUAUGGCUUAUAUCGGGAUAAUGCGCCGUCUAUUAGGAAAUGAGUUUGUCUGCGGAGCGGAUAUUGUUGCCAUACCAAAGGAAGACGAUAGAUUCUGGAUAAACGAGCACAUACGCGACCAAAGACCGGUUUCGCGUCUGGAUAAGGAAUUUGUGGGGCCAUUCGGCCUGCUGCUGCCAGAUGUGACCCAAUUGCCUGCCACGUUCGAUGUUUUACUUGCCAAUUUACAGGCAAAGGGCAAAACAGGAGAUGAAACUGGAGACGGAGGAGCAGCAGCAGGAACGAGGACUGGGAAGAGGAGCCAUGUCCGUCGUCUGGGCGAUACAUAUGCCAUCGAAAUAAAACCCAAACAAGGCUGGCUCCAGUUGGCAAGUGAUGUCAACGAUUUAUUUGAUUUAAUGCCGGCAGGAGCAGAGACAAAGCCAAAGGAGGAGCCCCGCAAUCAGGAGGAGCGGGAACCUUCACCCCGGGACAAGUGCUGGUGUCGCUUUUGCAGCAUGCAGCUGCUGAAGCUACACAAUGGGAAAAUCAAACGUUUGGGCCACUACUGUCCGCUGGAUCUAUUCUCCGGUGCACCCGGUCGUAUGCUCGAUGCCUUGGAUGCACUUCUCGCCUGCCCGCAAAAUAAUUUACGUGUAUUUCAGAACGGCAAUUUAAUUUAUGGCGAUCACGCGAAUUCGAUUUCCUUCGAUGAAUUGCACUCGCGUGUCUUUCCCGGUGAAAUUAUGGUGCUUAUAAAACAUUUGCUGGUGGCCUGCCUGCUCAGGGAAUACAAGGACCCUGGAUCCAACCGGGCAGAGAGCCCCAAUCAGAGCCAAAAGCAGGAGCAGGAGCCCGAGCCGGAGCAGCUGAAUCAGAGUCGCGUUUCAAUUGCGGCAACGGAGACAAAAGCAGGAGCUGCUGGAAUUGGCGCCGCUAAUGUUGUCCUGCCGUUUCGGGGCGGGGCAGCCGCCUCUGUUGUCACUGCCGGUCAAUCCGCGCCGAGGACAAGAGCAGCUGCUGCAACAGCCACGACCCAAAGGUACACAAAAGUGGCCAGAAUGGAAACAACAACGUUCGCAGCAGCCACGUCGAGAAGCCAACUGUCCGGCACCGUGUUGGCAACAGCAUCGGCAACGGCAAUGGCAACUCGAACGGAAACAAAAACAAAAGCGGAACCGGAAACACAGGCGGCUCCUGGUACGAGUCGCAAUGAGAAUCAGAGCGAAAGCCCAAAUCGGAAUCAGAAUCAGAAUGAGCCUUCGAAUCAAAGUGAAACUCAAACUCAAGCACAAAUCAACAAAGCGGAAAUAUUUCGCUUACCAAAAAAUUGUGUGUUGCAAAAAAUUUUGAAUUUGCAAUUGCAGGUAAAGCGCCACUUCGACUUCAUGUGGCAAUCCGGCUACUCCGACCACUCCCAGCCCACUUACAAUUCGCUCCGGGGACUGCUGGCCUCCGCCGAGGAGAGAAAUGAGGUGGAAUUCGAGCCGGAUGAGGAGCAGGCUUAUAUGGUAGGAGCCACCGCCCUGGACUGCUCGAUUAUGUUGACGUUUCAGGAAAUCGAAAUCAAAUGCGAAACCGAUUGCCCAGCUGGCCAGAGCGAUGCAAUACUAGCACUGCAGCCCUGGUGCGUCUCCCUGCUGGGUCAUCACUUUCUAACCAAGCUGUGUGUCCUCGAUUUGGAUCCCAAGCCCGACAGUCACUUUCAUAAAUUCAUGGCGCAGACACGUGAAAUUGAAAAGUGCCGUCGAGCAUUAAAUUAAUUAAUAAACUUUAUACCCAACUAAAAGCCGCACGCAUCGACUGCGGAGCUCAGAAAA